AUCAACAUUUCGUAUCCGGCCACGGGCUGCCAGAAGCUCAUCGAGGUGGACGAUGAACGCAAACUUCGUCCUUUCUAUGAGAAGCGCAUGUCUCAUCAGAUGACAGCUGAAAGCCUUGGAGAUGAAUGGAAGGGUUAUCUCGUGAGGAUCAGCGGAGGCAAUGACAAGCAAGGCUUCCCCAUGAAGCAGGGUGUUCUGACCAACGGCCGUGUGCGUCUGCUGCUGGGGAAGGGCCACUCCUGCUACCGGCCACGCCGUACUGGAGAGCGCAAACGCAAGUCUGUCCGAGGCUGCAUCGUGGAUAGUAACCUGUCGGUGCUCAACCUUGUCAUCCUCAAGAAGGGUGAGCAGGACAUUCCGGGACUGACCGACACCACCAUCCCUCGCCGUUUGGGCCCCAAGCGUGCCGGCAGGAUCCGCAAGCUCUUCAACCUCAACAAGGAGGACGACGUGCGUCAGUACGUGGUCAGGCGUCCCCUGCCACAAAAGGAAGGUAAGAAGCAGAAGUUCAAGACUCCAAAGAUCCAGCGACUGAUUACCCCUCAGCGCCUGCAGCGUAAGAGACACAUGAGGGCAGUGAAGCGCAGACGUUACGCCAAGCAACGUGAGGAGGAGGCCACCUACGCCAAGCUCCUGGCCAAGAGAAAGAAGGAGGAGCGCGAGGCCCACGCCAAGCGCCGCUCGUCAGCACGAGAGUCAUCCCUCCGGGAGUCCAAGUCCAAGGCCUAGGUGUGCAAAACAAUAUAUAGAUCCCUCCAAUGGGAGAACAAUAAACUUGAAAACAUGUCUUAAAAGAA